AAUAAAAUAAUAAUGGCUGAUGACGAAGCUGCUGGAGAAGGGGAAGAAGAAGAAGAAGUUCCAGAAGCAGCCCCUGAGGAGGUCGAAGAGGAACAUGUGGAGGAAGAAUCUAUUCUCACUGAAUACGAUCCAGAUGAGUUCGUAUCUGGUGCAGUCAACACUUUGGAUUCGACUAUUCCACUGGAUCUAUUUGAAUUUGAAUAUUCCUAUGGAUACAACUGUCACAAGUAUUUCAACCUCUGCGCGUGCGACGAGUCUGUCGUGUGCUGGGCAGCCGGCAGCAUCAUGACCUUCAUGGACGUCAACACAAAGCAAACCUGGUUCCGUAGGACUACCACUGGAGGUUCUAUUGGACAUAUCACAUCCUUUCGCAGAGACCCGAACUAUCGCAUAGCCGUUGCAGAAGGUCGUGAGGGUGACCGAGAUCCAUUGAUUCUUCUGUACACAUGGCCACAGAUGGACAUUGAUGCAGUUUUACGGGAUGGCACAACCAAUGCGUAUUCUGUGCUCGAUUUUAGUCCCGAUGGUGAACUACUUGCAUCUGUUGGAAAAGAGCCCGACUACAAUUUGACCAUUUGGAAUUGGAAACGUCAUAAGAUUUUAUUGCGUACCAGUGCUUUCACAUUUGAUGUAAAUGCAGUCAUGUUCUCACCAUAUUGUCCAGGGCAACUUACAACAGCAGGUGCCGCUCAUAUAAAAUUUUGGAAAAUGGCGGAAACUUUCACCGGCCUGAAAUUAAAGGGAGAACUUGGAAGGUUUGGUAAAACUGAAAUAUGUGAUGUGCUGGGUGUCUACCCUAUGCCCGACGAAAAGGUGCUUUCUGGUUGUGAAUGGGGUAACGUUCUCGUAUGGGAAGCUGGACUCGUCAAAGUUGAAGUAACACAGCGUGGACGGAAGAACUGCCACAAGGCACCAGUUAUACAAUUCAUGCUAAGUCCUGCUGGUGACGAAGUCACAACAAUCGCUCGGGAUGGCUGCGUACGCGCUUGGUACUGGGAUACUGUAGAGCAGGCGGAUCCACCCGAAGAUGACCCGUAUGUGGAAUUAAACCCUGUCGCCGAGACUUGUGUGCCGAAUUGCCAGAUAAUGUGUCUGAAGCAUCAAAAAGACAUGUUCUGGUAUGCUCAAGACGGAAACGGUGGACUCUGGACUGUAGAGCUUGAGAUAGACAAAAUCGAAUGUAACCAUCGUAAAGUGAUGACGUGCCACGCAGGAGGCGUGGUAGCAAUGGCUGCCUUACGGACUCACCCAAUCUUAGUCACAGCUGGAGAAGAUGGUUCGCUGUUGGCUUACAGCACAGAAAACCAUGUAUUGCUGGCACGAUACCAGUUUCCAACCGCCAUCACUUGUCUUUUGUACCCUCCCGUGGAUGUCGAUGAAACAAGCAGAAUAAUAAUGUUGGGGUUCUCAGACGGGAUAAUGAGGACUUUACUGCUCCAUCCUGAACGGUUACAGGCACAAUCCAGCAUGAUUGACGUCAGAGUGCAUUCCGCGCUCACUAUACACAGCGAAGACUCCAUCAAUGCUGAUGUUAUAGACAUGAUAUCGCUCUUGAAACCCCAUUCGAAGCCUCUCGUCCAAAUAACUAUGAAUGAGCAACGCACACUAGUGGUAACUUGUGGGCAGGAUAGCACCAUAUUUAUGUACCGUUUAGAAGCUGGAACACCAUUUGUUCUGCAUCGCCUUGGCUUUAUAGAGACUCCAAACAAUAUCGCCUUUAUGACCUGGAAGCCAGAAGAAGAACGCGUUAUUUUACUUUGUGGACAAGUUGGCCUGCUGAUGGAGGCAGUUUUGCCAGAGGUUCCCAAUCGCAAAUAUACAGAAAUUACGACGUUCAAAUUAGAUUUCGUUUCCUACAAAGAAACAUUGGUGAAGAAAAACUUCAUGCGUUAUCGACCAUUUCCUCAAGAAGAAGAUUUGGCCAGUAUCGAUGAAGAAGCAUUAAAAGCCAAGGAAGAAGCCGAAAAAGAAAAAAAAGAUGACGAGGAAGAAGAAGAAUACUUAGGAGAAAUACAACUAAUGGAAAGCGAAAGUAUGCUUGGUACGACUAUAACCUGGGCACAUUACUGCGAGGAAGGUAUAUGGGUGGUGCAGCGUGGAACUGGUGCUCUCUUGCUAGUAAAGCCUGGCAACAACAAAAUACUCAAGUAUGGACCGUUCCCUGGCGCUUGGUGUGAUGACAUCACUUCUCUGAAGUUUGUAUGUGAUGAACGAUACCUUAUUAUAGGUACAAACACAGGUUAUGUGCGGGUAGUUCGUAUGCCAACAGAGGAAGAAGAUACCCCCGAGCAGCACUACAUGACCUGGAUGAUGGCGCAACAGAAGCUGCUAAAAAAACUGAAAGGCAGGCGGCUGGCUAAAGAGGAGAAACAACCAACUCCCCGUAUAGACUUCAUAGAUAACUACUAUCUGCCGAUGCAUGACCGCUAUACUGGCGCAAUUACAUGCCUUGAGUUUAGCUCCGAUGGAAAGAAUUUUUAUACUUGCGGAUCUGAUGGAAAUAUAUUUUCAUAUGUUAUCAACUUUGAUGAGCCUCUAUUACCGGCGCCUUCGCUGCCUGCACCUCCUGAAUUGCCUAAAAUGGAGAAAGUGAAAGAACCGAGCACCUUGGAAGGAGACCUGAUGUCUCACGAACAACUGAAACAAAAGGAGGAGUACGACAAGAUGAUGGCGAUUGCCAACGCACAUAAGAAACGAGUGCGUGACAACCUUGCCGAACUUACAGCUGAGUACAACAAACUUAUAAAAGCAAACCGCACGCUUCCAGUAUCUCAGCAAAUCGACGUGACCCUUGACCCAAGACCGUUAGCUGUACAAGAGGCGGAGCUGGAUGACGCUAAAGCGUUGACCAAGAGGAAGCUGGCACACCAGCUAGAAGCCUCCGACUUAGCUUUGCACAAGAUGUACUCAAGAAAUAUCAUUCAGUUGGACGUAUUCCCGUUUACAUUAACAGCAAUUAGGGAUCCAGAAGUUAUGAUUAGACCUUUACGACAAAAGAAUCUUUCGAAUGCGUUCUAUAACCAACUCGAAGAGGUUUACCAGAAAAUGGCGGAAGCUGCAUUAAGGGGAAGACGAGCGGAGUCAACAACCCGUCGAGCUGCAGCCCGCAAAUCUUCCUAUGGUCCACCCCGUAUUGCCUCUUUUCUACUGGGCCUCCCUCCAAAACCUCCACACCCCCUGAAAAAAGCACUGAGAAACUACCACCAGCGCUUGAACCGGCAUCAUUUACAGUUUAUUGAGUGGCAAGAACAUCUCUCCCGCAAGCCUGACCCUAAUGCCAUGCCGCCUGGCGCAGCGGAGGCCUUGAAAGAAGCAGAAGCAACAAUCGGUAAUCGUCUUCUGAAGACACAACCAGACUACGUUGCACCACCUGGCCACAACACGCAACUGCGUGUCUGUCUUGCUAGGAAAGAGAUAUAUGACACCAAAAGAGCCUUCAACGCCAAAGUACUGGAGUUACGUCAACAUAAAGUUAGUUUGGUAGAGAAAAUGAAACAUAUUGGUGAACGAUUGAGUGAAAUUAGAUGCGAAAUACCACCAAAAAUGGUUAAGUCGCCACCCCAAAUACCACAUAUCGAUGAAGAACUGGAAUUUCCCGAAAAACAUCUCGAGAUUAAGCCUGAGCCAGUGGUGAUUCCUGUAAGAGGAGCAACAGCAAAAAAAUCUCAAAUCGCCCCGGACCGCAAGACUCUUUACCCCCAAGCGAGAGUACGACAGCCAAGAGUGACUAGAUUUGUGCCAAUUACAGAAACACGACCACUUGCCGCUUCGUGGGAACUCCUGAAACCAAGACCAGACCUAGAAUCAACAGAGAUGGAAAUUGAAAUACGUGAGAGACGCAUUGAAAGACAUCUUUAUGAACAAGACAUGCUACUUGCUGAUGCCGAAGUUUCUGUGCAACAGUUUGACUCACGUUUGAGACAAUUGCAACGAGAACGUAUACGUGUCCAAGAAAAAAGUCAGUUGUUAGAACUACACCUUUAUCAGCUACACAGAGAAAUGAACGUUUUAAAUCGCUUUGAGGCACACGAAGAUAGACUUGCUGAAAGAGUUUAUGCCAAACUGAUGCAGGUCCGUGGUGUUCAAGAUCAAAUCCUAGAUUGCGAGCACCGUAUUGAAGAGCACCAUGCUGAAAAGGAGCGUCUCGAUGCUGAGUGUCAAGAUCUACAGAGGCAGUUCAAGAAGCUCGUCCAAGACAACAAGUUUGCUGACUUCUUGCGUAGAAUAUUCAAGAAGAAGUAUCGGCCACCGCGAGAUCGUGACGAGGAUGAAUCAUCCGAGUCUGAAGAAUCCUCAUCAUCCAGUGAGGAAGAAGACGAAGGCAGCAUGGAUAGCCGAGACAUAGGCCCUAUUCGUCUCGAUCCCAACGUUUGUCCCGAAGGUUGCGAUCCUGAUAUCUAUAACAAGACCUACGACCUCAGGAACACAAGGCAUCGGCAUGAACAACAAAUGAUGGAGCAAGAUCGAUUGGUUGAACUACUCAGGAAGGAUAUUGAAGCCCAUAAUAAAAUAAAGCGCAAGCUUUCUUUGCAGUUAGAGAAGAGGAAGAAUGAUCUAAGGGAAUUCAUGAUGGAAAAACAAAGUUGCAUGAACGACGUGGACCAAGUUGUGGUGCUCCGGUAUGAUCAGAUACGGGCAUCAGCUCUACGUGGAUGCACCGGGCCCAAAGGCCUUUCGCACACUGUGGUAUUCCCCGAGGCGAUGCUAGCGAGGCUGCGACGUCGUGUGCUUGAACUACAGGACGAGAUAAAGCAGCAGAAGCAGCGACAGAAAGUAAACCGGACCCACCUGUUUCGCAUGAACAUCGACCUUCGCGCCAUGGAGGCUGAAGCGGCAGAACUUCGCGCUAAAAUGCGAGACGUGCUCACGCGCAAGUUAGGCAAGCCUCGCCGUGUGGACCGCACUCUCGAUGAGCUGCUUCGGCAGAUGGCGAGACGACACAAGUUCUCUGCCACCUUGGGCACGUUGCCGCAGAUACUGAAUCAGCUUCGCCAGUGGCGGGAGCGUCACAGUGACCUAGAAAAGAAAUACCUGAGCAUUCUUUCACGGUAUUCUGACCGUUUGCGUGUAGCUGCAGCAUUGCAAGCGGAUGUUUUACCACAAAAGCCACCCAAGGAUCCAUCAGACAUGGCUGGUGGAUAUACACCAGAACAGUACCAGCGCGACGUGGUGCGUCUACGUAUAGUUCGUGCACAGCAAGUACAACAGAUAAAGGCUCUACGUGACGAGAUCCAUGGUCUUCGGCUCAAGCCGCUAUCGCAAAGGACUCCGCCCCCUACAGCCUCUCCACCAGAGUCCGAUCGCUCUGAUAUCUAUCUGUUCUUAGCCCCUCGGAAUAUGACGCAAACUAGGAAGAAAUACUUCCCAAUAACCCCUUUGGGGUCUCAAAUUAAAAUGGUGUACGAUGUGAACAUAAUGAAGUUGCUUUACGACUGCCUCGAUGCGAUGCGCGUGUCACGAGACGACGCGGAUGAACUAUUGCGAGAACUCACCGCUCAGUUGCCUGACGUGAUCUCUGGGUCAAGAUCCCGGUACGAAGUAGUUGACACCCUAGUACGUAAGUGGUUAUUACGAUACGGAGGCGACCCAAGUCAAUAUAAAAAGCAGACGCGAGCAUUCGAUGCGCUUGCCGCGCUGGCUGAUCGCAUCAUUCGUCAACAUGUGGAAACAAUGGAAGGCGCAGUCCCAGAUGAGUCCAAGCAGGUGAUGGAGUCUCUCGAAGAGGCGCUGAAGGAGGUUGCGGACGCCAAGGAGCCGCUACACGAACGUCUUGGGCCAGCACUUGCUGCUCUGCUACAUACUGCAGAACUGGCUGAUUUAGAAACUGAAGAGACGAUGACGUCUUUAGUAAACUCUCUCAUAGAUGACGAUCACCCCAUCACAGCUGAAUCUGUAGACCGCAUCGAUGUCUUCAACAUCAUGGAAGACAUUAAAGAUUGCGGUGUUCAGUUACCACCUGAGGAAGUGGAGCAUAUUGUAAAGAUUGCUAUCGAUUGUCUCCGAGCUCAAGUUGUGGAACCAGCAGAAGCAAAGCAGUUAGAAGAGGAAGUUAAGAAAGCAAUGUCCAUUGAUAUGACUUCGGUGACGUCAACUUCUCGUAGUGCUGGAACCGACAAGCAAAGUCGUCAUCCCGAUGAGGAUCAUGGGAGUGAUUGAAAUGGAUAAAAAUGACAAAGUAGCAUAGUAAUUUUAUCUUUUACAAAUACUUUCACAUAAAUGUAUUCGACAUUAGUUUUAAUUUACUUAAAUUAGAAUAUUACCUUCAUAACCUUAUGU